GUGUGCCUGGCUGCGUGCUCUCGCUGCUGGCGUGCUGCGCCGCUGCUUUUGCCGCUUGGUGACGCGCUCGCCGCCGCGCGCGCGCCGCCGCCGCACGGCCGCCGCUGCAUCGUCCCACAUCUCUCGUCCGCUCCUCCAGCUCCGGCGCCGCUCGCCCCCCUGCUGCGUCCCGCAUCCACUCGCCCUCGUCGCUGCACCACGUCGCACUCGCUGCAUCCCGCAGCCGCGCCCGCACCCUCGCCCGCCCGCCGGCGCCGCACGCGCACGCGCCCGUGCGCCCGCCGCUGCGCCCGCCAUGCUCUCCUCCAAGCCCAUGUCGCGCAUCGUCGACCACUCGCACGACGCAGACGCCAACGACGGCAUCCACGACAUCGCCACCGAGGCCGGCCGCAUGCGCCUGCGCGAGAACGAGCAUGCGCCCGGCUACGAGGUCGUCACGCCGUCGGGCGCACGCUCGCCGCAGCAGCAGGCGCCGCCGAGCGCGCCCGCCGCUCAGCCGCGCACCGGCGCGGGUGCGGGCACGGUGCUGCCCGGCGGCGGUGCCGAGCUGGCCAACGCCGUCAGCCUCGGCGGGCCCAGCAACAUUGCGCACGCGGCGCGCCAGCAGAACGUCUCGCACGCGCCCGCCAUCCAGACGGGCGGCAACACCGAGAUUGCGUCGCCCAUCGGCACCGGCGGCCACGGCGCCGCCGGGCCCGUGUCGCUCGUGGCCUCGCCCAUUGCCGAGAACCCCGGGCGCAGCAUGCCUGUGACGCCCGUCGCGUCGGGCAUGGGCAACUUUGCCAGCCGCUUCGGCAGCGGCUCGAUGAUUGCGCCGCGCUCCAGCGCCGCCGGCCCGACGGGCCCGGGCGCCACGGGCCUGGCAUCGGCGCGCGGCGUCGAUCUUGGCGGCUCGGAGCACGGCACGGGCACGGCGACGCCCUCGCAGUUCAUCUUCCCCAAGCUCGGCUCGCGGCGCCAGAGCGACCACCACUACGGCUCCGGCACGCACAGCCCCGUGGAUGGCUCGGGCACGCCUGACGACCAUCACGGCAAGGGCGGGCGCAAGGAGCCGAAGCGCAAGGAGACGCACAACCCGCUCGUCGACCUGCGCCGCUUCCUGCAAAAUCACAUCGGGCACCACAGCGACGACGACCACCACUCGGGCUCGUCGCGCUCGGGCAACCACACGCCCGGCUCGGCGCGGCGGCGCGGCCACGACUCGCCGCCGCUGGGCGAGGAGCACGCGCAUCUGGCCAAGAAGUACGGCAAGUGGGGCAAGGUGCUGGGCAGCGGCGCCGGCGGCACGGUGCGCCUCAUCAAGCGCAGCAAGGACCACACGACGUUUGCCGUCAAGGAGUUCCGGCAGCGGCGCUCGGGCGAGAACGAGAAGGAGUACAUCAAGAAGGUCACCGCCGAGUUCUGCAUCGGCAGCACGCUGCACCACGUCAACAUCAUCGAGACGCUCGACAUCAUCUCCGACCACGGCCACUACUACGAGGUGAUGGAGUAUGCGCCGUACGACCUCUUCAGCGUCGUGAUGAGCGGCAAGAUGUGCCGCCAGGAGAUCUACUGCGUCUUCCGGCAGAUCGUCGACGGCGUCGACUACCUGCACUCGAUGGGCCUGGCGCACCGCGACCUCAAGCUCGACAACUGCGUCAUGACGACGGGCAACAUUGUCAAGCUCAUCGACUUUGGCACGGCGACGGUGUUCCACUCGCCGGGCAAGAGCAAGGUCGUGGCGACGGGCGUCGUGGGCUCGGACCCGUACCUGGCGCCCGAGGUGCUCUCGCAGCAGACGUACGACCCGCGCCUGACGGACGUGUGGAGCUGCGCCAUCAUCUUCCUGUGCAUGGUGCUGCGCCGCUUCCCGUGGAAGCUGCCGGACCCCAAGACGGACCCGAGCUACCGCCUCUACGUGACGUCGCACCCGGAGCUGUGCAAGGCGCCCGAGCGCGCCGAGAGCAUGAGUGCCGACAGCAGCCGGCGAGGCAGCGUGGCGCCCGACGGCACGCGCACGCCCGGCGCCGGCGGUGCCGGCGCGCUGCUCGGCGGCAUGGAGAAGACGACGAGCCCCGGCACGCCCGUCAUCCGCACCGCGCAGGAGGCCGGCUACAUGGCGCCGCACAGCGUGGCGAGCACGGUGCAGAGCCCCACGGGCUCCGACGGCGACCACGAGGAGGUGCUGUCGAGCCCGCUCAAGAGCGCCGGCGUCGACUCGCCGGCGUCGGGCGCGCAGUCGCCCGUCGUGGGCAGCACGGACGCGUACCACCGCGACAUGCGCCCGCACCGCGCCGACAGCGUCUCGUCGGUGGCCACGUACACGUCGGGCGCGGCCGACUCGAUCUUCCGCCUGCUGCCGCGCGAGACGCGCAGCGCGCUGAGCCGCAUGAUGGCCGUCGAGCCGAGCCUGCGCUGCACGCUUGGCGACCUGCUGCGCGGGCGGCGCUUCAGCGACGGCGAGAGCCCGCUGACGCGCACGCCCGUGAUGAGCCGCUCGCCGUCGUCGGACCGGCUGCCGGGCAUGUCGGCGGGCCACGAGAGCGCGGCGGGGCAGGGCAUCACGAGCCCGGCGACCGACGGCGCGCUGGCGGGCCUCUCGCACGCCGAGUUUGAGGACGACGACGACACGGGCGACGAGUGGCUCAAGGGCAUCCGCACCUGCGCCCACGUGCUCAUGGACAACGGGCAGGGCGACCAGGCGGACCACCCGCACGUCAAGGUCGUGCCCGAGGAGCAGAAGCGCAAGCACAGCCUCUUCCACCGCAAGGACUGAGGCGCGCGUGCCUCGCAAGGACUGCCGAGGUGUGCACGCCCGGCGGUGCUGCCUGCUACUCUCCCGGAUGUUGCGUCUGCUGCGUCUGCUCGUUGCAUUCUUGAUUCCCCGCGCCUGCCCGCCUGUGUGCCCCCG